AUGACUUUCUACCCUUUCAACUGGCUUCUGUGUGUAACUGUUCUUAUUUAUUUCAGAAAUGAGGGUUCAUUUACAUCAACUUUAAGAACACUUCUGUUCUUCACAGCUCUAAUGAUCACAUUACCUGUUGGGCUGUAUUUUUCAUCAAAGGCUUACAUAUUUGAAGGUACCUUAGGAAUGUCCGACAGAGACAGCUAUUUUUAUGCUGCCAUAGUUGCUGUAGUUACUGUUCAUGUGGUACUUGCUCUCUUUGUAUACGUAGCAUGGAAUGAAGGUUCUCGACAAUGGCGGGAAGGCAAACAGGACUAGAACGAAGAUCAUCAUCAUCUGAUACCUACAGACUGUAAAUUAAACUUUUGUGAGCUGAAUGAAAAGCAUUCUUCAAAAUGUAUAAUACACAUGUACAAAGAUGAGGCUAAUACCUCCACUCGGGUUAGAAUAAGAUUUGUG